UUCAUCUUUGGCGCGUUCUGUACCUGAUGAUUCAAAUCUGGAAUUCAAAUCUUCGCUUCUGAUCCGUUGGAGCUUCAGUGGGCAUGCCCUCGUAACGUCGUCGGCCCAGAGGCCGUUACUGGGCCACUUAAGGUCCAAGGUGUCGACGUGAGGGAACAUCAUUCCUUCAGUUUUCUACUUGUCCAUCGAUCUUCGAUCGUCGAGGGACGAGUGCCAUCGGUCGGUCUAGUGAAGCAUCGCUGAUGAAGAGCUAACUGUCAUCAUUUGCUAGAAUUUCCAUCACGUGCACGGCUGAAGUGAAGAUUUGCAGAUUAAGAUUGUGCAGUUCCGACCGAGGUGCACCAGUGGGGAUGAAGAUACGAAAGAUGACUAAGAUGUAAUGUUGCUGUUCCUAGACGUCCUCUAAAUUUCUGUUUCCUACGAAAUCCGGUGUGAGUGACUUCAGCCAUGACUACUGAGAGAUCAUCGUCGGGAGCUUCUAUGGUUCCUCCAGAAUCUGGUGUAUAUUCUAUGAGAACAACCGCCAAAGACCCCGGCGUCCACAAGUCUGCCUUGUCUAAGCUCAAGAAUACUCUAGGAAAUCUGGGGAUGCAGAAAAGAUAUCGGUCUGACACUGAUAUUACUUCCUUAGUAUACAGUAGACAUGAGAAGCUUUCAGGAGCCGAUGACAAGUCCCAGACUGACCAUUCUUGCCCAAGGAGUAGACCAAGUUUUAGUCCCAGCCAGAAGUGGGACCUGAGAGAAGAGAUCAAGAAGCAUGCCAGUUCGCACGGAAGUCUUGGGCCUGCUCAGAACUGCACCUCGAAAGCAAUCAGGAGUGCACCACCAAAGAAAGAAAAAUCGAUUUCUCAUGUUGGUUCUUGUUCUACCCCAAGUCGUAGUGGAGGAAUAGUGGAUUCUCCGCGACAGAGUUUUGAGAAAAGAGAAUACCUUGAAGCUACGAAUGUUCAAGGACUGAAACUUGCAAUGGACCUGGAACUUCUUUGUCUGAAGUCUAAACAAGAUUCCGUAAAAGCAAAGGUGUGGACUUGGCUCCAAAGUAUCCCGGUUGAUGCAGAUGGAGAAGUAUUAGAGGAGACUGAUUCAAAUACUGAGCAUGACCCCUGACAUCCAGCAGAACUCAUCUUCUUCCACAUCUAAGCUCGCAGUCACGUCUCAAGCUUCUUGUUCAAAAUGAGUUCAAGUAUGCGAGCACAUAUCCGUCGAUGUAUAUGAAAUGAUUAAGUGCUCUCAGCAGAUCGCAUGUGGAACGGAUUGUCUCUAUUUCUUCUUAGAUGCUCUAAACAUCAAUAAAUUGUGGAACGGAGAGGUUAGCUCUCGCAACCAUCAUUGCGUGAAG